UGCAGAGAGCGCGUACAGAUCUUCCCUUCCCGGCAGCAAAAAAAUCAAGUCGUCGUUCGGCCGUCGAUUGUCUUACGCCGAUGAGUGUUUCGGCAUCUAUGCAGCAGGCGCCCGACACCGUCGCUUGUUUAUGUUCUUUUGUUGGUGGUGAGUUUUGAGUGGUUUGCGUUUCGACUGUUUUCCUGGAUCUUGUGGUGCGACAGUGACUGACUGGAUUGAGUUGUGCGCCAGUGUCCGCCAAGGGACGUAUCUCAGUGUUUUUUUUUUGUUUUGGCGAUUUUAGGAUGCGUUUGGGUGAUGCUGGGCUCGGCACCACUCGCCUCUGACCUACUGGAUGCAACCUUAUGUGUAAGAUACUAAAACGACCAGGCAAAGCGAUACUUUAUUUAUUCAUUAUCAUGCUCUUGUUCAUCGUGAAGGAAUCGUAUGGCCAUGACAAGUGCUACUGGCCUUGUUUUGGGCCCGUGUGGAAGGUCAAAAUUUAUAACGAACUUGCCAAGGGAUAUCUUCAUGUAGAGGGCAACACCGUAGUGGCUAACUACACAGGAGAUGGAACUCUCUACAAAAUUUCCAAAGGCGCAAGCUUUUACCUUUAUGAUGCCAAUGCUGCUAAGUUUAUAUGUUGGAGUAAUAGACGGAAUAAGAAACCGGCACUAGUGGCAAGGAAAUACAAAUUCAACUCUCUGGGCCUCUGCGAAUUCAAAGACAUGGUAUCGACGAACCACCGGAACAGCCACGUCCACCUCCUGGCUUCCUUCAGCAAGGACAGGAACAAGGACAGGGACGUGAUGAUGAUGAAGUUCAACAAGAACGGGAGGUUUUCGACGAAGAAUUGCACCCAGCACAAGUCGCGGCACCAGCACAAGAAGUGCGUAUCGGCGGCGGAUUUUUUAGUGAUCCCCGCCCUCAACGCCAACGACGAUCCCUGCGGGUGUCCAGAGGCCAAGAACUACUUCUGUCAGACGAAGCUUAGGAAUAUGCCCGAACUGCAUGAAAUCUGCAACCUAACCUGGCCUAGGUCGAACGAGACGUACGAAACCUAGUUUAGGUCACUCCACCUGUACAGUCACAAUAGAUUAACUGGAUACAGUUUAGGAGCCCACCAGUCACAGUCUCGUGGACUGUGGCGUAAAUUUUUUAACGCCCGAUGGGAAGACGAAGACUUGUCGCUCUGAGUCAUCCCAUCGGGACGUUUUACGGAAUUUUCAAUAAUACUCUAAGCCAAAACGUACUAUGUCAGAAUAUUCACUGAAUGUUUAUAAUAACUUGGAUGUGUGCGUUGUAGUAAGGUAAGUUUUUGUACAUAUUAUUUUAAUGGAUUUAUAUGAAGUAAUUGAGUUCGAAAGUAUUUGUAGAAUAUCCUAGUCAGAAUACAGAUAUUCUUUAGAAUAUUUAUAUGUUAAUAUUUCUACUAACUUCAAAGUUUUUGUAAACGUUCUAAUUUGUGUAUACUGACAUCGAGCUUGUAUAACAGAAGCUAAAAGCAUAGUUGAUCAAUGUAAUAAACAGUACAUCUACGAACUUUACUCAUAUUUUUUGGUAUCUCAGGCAUUUUUCCUUAUCGCUGUCAAUCAAUGCUGCUAAUUUUGGAUUACUGUCUUGAACUUUGAGUUAAAUAUUACCAAUUAUUAUGGUUUUACGUCUGUUACUGAUUUCUAAAAUUUAAUACUUAUGAGAUACCAAAAAUCUGAAAAGUUUAUUGCUUCCUGUUUGAAAUUAUUAAGGCUGAUUUUGAUUUAUUGAAUAGUUAUGCCGCAGAGCGUAUAUGUAUAGUAUUACUAUUGGUUGAAGGAUAUUUUUGUAACAAAAUAGGCCGAAAUUAACGAUACAAAAAAUCUGUUCUGACUGUACCUAAGAAUGUUAAUAAUGUCAGUAUUUUUUGUGUAUGAAAAGUCAGCAUGUAUGUAUUUGUACAAAUGUUAUUAUACUUUUAUACUAUAUUUUAAUUUAUUUUUCUAUAAUUUAAUUUUUUGUAUAAUUUGUGAAUUAUAGUACUUUUAAGUUACGAAUGUGAAUGUACAGUUUUUUUAUUUUUGACCCCUAUGGGGUUUGUCGAACACAUUCUAACUUCUGUAAAUUAUUAUUUAUUUUUGUGAAUAUUCCUAGAAGGGCACCUAAAAAAAUUAAAAUUGAUAUUUAUAAGAUUUCCUUAGAAGGUGUCCGCUUUAUCCAUGUUUUAAUGGUUUCUAACAAUUCAAUUGCAAAUACCAAAUAAUGAAUGAGGCAGUGAACAUUAUAAAAAUUUUGAUAAGAUUGUGAAAAAGGUUUAUCCGAUGUUAAAUGUAAGCCUCGUGUUUGUUAUAAGAUCUGUAGGCAUUAUUGUCUUUUAUUUAUACAAUACAUUCCAACUCAUAUAUGCAUUUACAA